AUUAAUGUUGUUUGAUCACAACUUUAUUUUUUUAUUUAUCGUAUUUUACUCCCUUUUUUUUUUUCUUUUUUAUUUUUUCAAAACAAAUAAAUAUAUGAGCAUAUUUCCACUUUUUAGUACAUCUUGUCUUUUUUUUUUCCCAUAAUUUUUUAAAAAAAAAACUAUGAUUCCUUCAACUGAUUCUGAAUCAAGUGAUUCUGAAAGCGUUUAUUACGAUUGUGAUUUAACCUUUGACUUUAGUCCUUCUUUUCAAGACGUAUUUAACAAUCUUGUAGUUGUUAUUACAGUAGCUGACGAAGAUCAAUUGUUAAAUAAUAAACUUUAUUAUGGAGCAAUAGGCAGAUUAUUGGCUGACAUUGCUUAUAAUGAAGAAGCGCAAUUACAUUUGCAAACUAUAGCUGAUGAGAUUAGAGCUUUACCUAUUGAAAAACAAAGACAAGGAACUAAUGAGUUUAAUGAAAUAUUUAAAAAAUUAUUGGAGAGCGUAGCUACUGAUAUUGCUGUAAAGAAUAACAGCCAAGUUUUAUCUAAUCAAAAUAUUGACGUAAAUGGAGUCCAUGAUAACAAUCAUGAAUCUUCCUCUCCAAUAUAUGUUAUAAUUGAUGAUGAUGAUGAUGAUAAAAAUAUACCACAGCCAGUAAUAAACAGUGGUAACAGUAGACUAUUAAAAAACAAACAGACAAGAUCUUAUUCAAUUUCACCAGAGCUCGAGUGUUUAUUAUGUGGAGUUAAAAUGUAUUUAAAUAACAAGAUUGGUAAAUACCCUUUAUCUUGCUCUGCAUUCCCCAUUUAUAAGCCUAAUGCACCAUUAUAUUGUCUUGGAUGUACCAGACUUCGCAACACAGUCUUUUCUAAUGAAGAGUUUGAAAUCAUGAUAAAAUGGUUCAUCACAGGAGAUAUUGACAAGUUUUCUGUACCAGUUGCUUAUCCAGAUAAUGUAAUCAAGUUAUUUAAUCGUAGAGCACUACUUAUGAAACAGCGAUGCCAAUACAUUGCUGGACCCAAAAAUGCCGUAGCAACAGGAAAGGACUUGUUUAACCUAUAUGCGCGUUCUAAUUGUAAAUGUGCAGUAUCAGGAUUAGGUUGUUAUAUACCUGGCGCAAUAGACAAUUAUAAAAAUCAUUUGAAUCAUGUUGACGAUGUUAGAAAAUAUUUAAAGCCAACAGAUCCCAAAGCUGGAAGAAACUGGAGUAUCAAUAACAUUCAAAUCCUUUGUUAUGCCCUAAACCAAGUAAAGGGCUGUCUACCAGAUGAUGAACUUCGUCGAUGGUUUCAUAUUUUUCGUUCUAACAAUAUCAGCAAAUAUAAAUAAGUCUUUAUCUUCUUACAAGACUUUACUUUUUUCAUGAAUAUACAUUUAUAUAAUAAAAGAAAAUCGCUU